CAGUAUUGACAAAAUGACCUUUGGCCUUUGCGAUCACUCUUUGGAAUUCACCAUAGAAGUACAUAGCUGCUUUAAUUGUUUGUGUGCCUUCUCUUAGACGAAUCAUGAACGGAUCAUACUCCACUGGUGUCUGUGCGGACUGCGGUACUCAAGAUCCGAGCUGGGCCUCGAUCAACCGUGGAGUGUUGCUAUGCAAUGAUUGCUGCAGUGUCCAUCGUAGUCUGGGUAGACACGUCUCCCACAUCCGCUCCCUGCAAGCACCUAACUGGCCUCCGGUGCUCAAGGAGACGGUGUUCACGAUGGUCAAGAAAGGCUCCAACUCACUGUGGGAACACUUACUCAAUGACUCCAGUCACCAUCAGAAGAUCAAGGUCAAGAAGCCGUCCUCAAAAGAUCCUCGGGAGAAACAGAAUGCCAACAGACAUGACUUCAUUGUGUGUAAGUAUAAGAACCUUCAGUUUCUACCCAGGACCUCAAUCAAAGAUCAUAUCAAUUCCCUGGAGGACCUCAGCAAGCAACUCCACGCCAGUGUACGUACCAACAACUUGGAGACAUGCCUCAGACUAAUCUCAAUAGGAGCUGACCCCAACUACAAACACCCGGAGCGAGGUAACACGCCCCUCCAUGUGGCGUCCCAGGCUGGUCAGGCCAUGCAGGUGGAACUGUUAGUUGUGUACGGAGCUAACCCCUCCCUCCUGGACAGACUAGGCCACACCCCCGAGGAGUGUGCACGGAUUGCCGGGCAUCACCAGCUGGCAGACCGUCUCAUCGAGUGUCAAUAUGAGCUCACGGACAAGCUCUCCUUCUAUCUGUGUGGUCGCACUCCAGUGCACAGCAUAGGGGAGCAUUUCCUGGUGCCUCAGGGGGCCGGCAAUGGUCCCAGCAAGUCUGAGGCUAGGGGUCGUCUUCAAGAGCUGAGCAACCAGUUGUUUGAAGAGCUGGCAGCUGACAUCUACGAUGAGGUGGACCGAAGAGAGACAGACGCAAUGUGGUUGACCACUCAGCAGCUGCAAAGCUCCAUUGCCUUCCUCCCUGUCAACCCCACCCUCUCUCCGCUGAGGAACCAGUCCAGACAGAAGCUAGCUCUACUCAACUCCUCUGAGUUUACUCAAUUACUCGUGGACAUUCUCCUCGAUGCUAAGAGACGGCAACAGCUCAGUAUGGAGACAGGACAAACCUCCUCCGGCACGGUGGUCCCCUCCACAGGAGAGGACAAGACGGCCGCCUUUGAUCCCCACGACUACGACGAGGUACCAAACGACGAAGCAAAAUCCCCAACUUCACCCCCUAACUUGAAACCAGAGAUAUUACGAAAACUCCAAAAACACCAAAAACUCCCUAAGCCUCCGUCCCCCUAUAGCAAGAGGACGAAGCCCAACCAGCCUACUCCUUAUAAAAUGUCGUCCCCCUCUCUCGUACCGAAGCCAUCCUUGCGCGGUGAUGUGUACUCAACCGUAGAGGAGGCAGCAAACAACGAUGACAAUGGCGGCGAUUAUGCCGAGCUCAACGAUAUUCCUGAGAGGGUGGUAGCAGCAGAGAAAGAAAUAGAUGCUCCAGUGAGCAGGUCAAAGUUCAAUCUGGUCAUAGAGAGGCUCAAGAAAAUAACAGUUGAGAAAGAGGAGUUGGAGAUAGCAAAGGUAGAGUUAGAAGAGAGAGUGUCAACGUUGCAGGUCCAACUGAACAAGAUGAUUGAGGAGAAUGGACGCCUGAGGGCGAGCACGUCCCGUACACCCCCACCCUCCUCACCCACCACACUCACGCCCACCACACUCACACCCAUCGUGGAGCCGUCAGUGGAAGCAGAGGAGGAGGCGGAGGAGGAUGAGGGGGAGGCAGGGGAAUCCCCCUCACACCUCUACGCCCAGGUGGACUACAGCAAGAAGACGUCUCGUGUGUUUAGCUCACUCCGUCUUUCCAGUCAUGAACCGUUGGCCCAGCCCCCGGAGAGUCAGACCACACCUACUGAAAAGCAGGUAACACCCAUUGAGAGGCAGACCACACCCACUGAAAAGCAAGUAACACCCAUUGAAAGGCAGACCACACCCACAGAGAGGCAAGCCACACCUUUUGAUGACCUCUACGCUGUACCUGACAAAAAGAGCAAGUCCUCAUCCAGUGAGAGUACGCCCAUUGUGACUCCACCCCCUCCCAGACAGGACACACCCCUCAGUGACUCGGCUUUUGAAGAGCCGCAAGAGGCUACCCCCGUGCUCACCAACCCCCCCGUGGAGAUGGUCCACUCUCACAUCAAGACUCUGACUCAGGUGAUCCAGGACCUCCUCAAGGCAGCACAGAGUCACAAGCAGUCUCAUUUCUCCCCGUGCUCCAUCAAGAUAGCACGUGCUGUUGAUGCUCUCACAAAGAUAUUCCCACCAAAGCCCUCCUCCCAGGCCGUACAAGUGUCCCUUCAAGAGGUCAGAAACGCCUCUCAACGCUUACAGACGGAAUGUCAGGACGGCAGCCAAUCAGAUCUCGCGUAUCGAAUCCGUCAGAUCAUCAGCUCAGCGUAUGACGUUGCUAAGGCUGCUCGUCACCUAGUGAUGUGCGUGGAGCAAGACAAGGAGGCGGUGUAGGGGGUGUGGCCUAAAUUAUGAGGCUGGUGUGUAGAGAACUGUGUGCUGGACACUUCAUUUUAAAUACUGAAUAGCUGAAAUAGUAAUAUUGUAGAAAUCAUGUUUGUUUUUAUUCUGAAGUACAUGUAUGUGUUUUUUUAGUACCCGUGUAUACACUGAUAUAUUGUUCUUAACCCAUAUGAAUUCAAUGGAGGAUUUUGAUAAUAAUGAA